CAGGGUUUUUUCUUCCUGAGGGGAAAAAUCCUCGUUUUCCACUCUUCACCCGUUUGCUUCCAGUCAAACAGCCAAGAUGAACCAGAGCAAGCCGGAGUUUGAGCCUUUGCAGUAUUCCUACUACGACUACGCCGACUGGUACUCCAACCCGGAGCCGACCAAACCUCCGAAGGAAGUCAUUUUACCCUGUGACCCGACUGCAGAUGAGAUAUACUUCCACAUAUGCAUCCUGUCAAUAUCUUUUGUGAUGAUGCUAAUCCUGGCAGUUCUCACCCGGAAAAACAAACUGUGUCAAGGGUUCGCACGAGGGUCAUCCAGCAUUUUCAGUCCAGCCAACUUCCUGGACCAGACCCAGCAGAAGGGCCUGGUCAUGGCUGUGUUUGGUCUGGUCUUCAGUAAACUGGCCAUGCUGAUGAUCGCCCCGGAUCCGCUGCCCUUCAUCAAAGACACUCCAGCAAACAUCAAAGAGUACAUGAAGAUAAUUGCCAUCUUCUACUAUCCGGUCCUGUACUAUCCUCUGCUGGUCUGCGGCACGCUGCAACGCAACGCGGGUUACGUGUUUGGGGCGCUGCUGUCCUUCACUCACUUUGGGGUCCUGGUAUGGCAGAAGUUUGACUGUCCAAAGACGCCAGAGAUCUAUAAGUACUAUGCCCUCCUUGCCAGUCUGCCCCAGCUGGCCUGUCUGGCGUAUCUCUGUGUUCAGUUUCCUGUGCUGUUUGUGAAAGGACCAAAGAAUGACGAGGAUCUUGACAGCAGCUACUACACCGACUACGUUAAGUCACUCCUCAAGAAAAAGUCUUCAGCCGUUAGCAGCUCUUCAGAAACAGACAAACCCUCACUGGUGGAGAGAAUACUGGAGGUGCCAAAAAAUUACAUUUAUUUACCUGAAAAAGUGUUCCAGUUCCCAGUGAAGCUGGCUGUGUUGUCUUUUGUCACCUGUGUGGCCAUCUACCACACUGCGCUGCUGUUGGUUGUCCUGGUGGUUCCAACUCUACACAUCGUCCGCGCAGGAAUAGAUGAAAACAUCGCCUUCCUGUUGCUGGGAUUUGGGAUCAUUCUGUCCGAAGACAGGAUGGAGGUCGUCAGAAUCGUGACUUUCUACACCUGGUUGCUGGAAGUGUGCUACCUCUGUGCCAUGACACUGUCUUGUUUGGUCAGUCUCGUAAUGCUAAUGAGGUCCAUGGUUCUUCACAGAUCGAACCUGAAAGGUCUGUAUAAAGGAGACGCAUAUAAGAACUACAACACCCAGAAGACCAUCAGUCCGUCCAGAUCUGGAGUUUUCUGCUGGAUGGGUUUAACCGGAUAUCAAGCUGCGAUCGUUUGCCUCGGAAUGGCUAUCCAGACCCUGGUGUUUUUCAUCUGCUUCUUAUUUCUGGUGUUUUUAAUCAUCAUCCCUAUUUUUUAUGGCCGCAACUUUAUCGUUUUUGAAGUUGCAGGAAAAUCAUGGCCGGUUUGGGUGACAGUCGUACUGGUUACAGUGCUUCAACAUGUGACUGCUCAGUUUUUCUUUGUCAAAAAGGAUUCUGGUACAAGAGAUUUAAAAAACAGAGAGAGCCUCUUCCUCCUGACCUACCUGCUGUUUGUGGUGAACGUCGUUGUGGGUCUGAUUGUUGGUAUUUGGAGAAUUGUGAUAACGGCCUUGUUCAACAUCGUCCACUUCAGUCGGAUUGACAUCAGUCUCCUCCAUCGCAGCGCAGAGUCCUACGAUCCAGCCUACAGAUACUACACCCAGUUCCUGAAGGUGGAGGUGAGUCAGUCCCACCCGGUGCUGAAGGCGUUCUGCGGACUCCUGCUGGACGUGAUGGUUGAGGUCGGCAGAGGAGGACAGAAAGCACGAGAUGCAGAAGAAGGAGCCCAGGAGAACCGACCCAACAAGGCGGCCAGCAGUCGCAGGAUCCGCGCUCGCUGGCAGCUGCUGUACACGCUGGCGAACAACCCGUCCCUGCUGGGCUCCAGGAAACACUUCCAGACCCUGCAGACGUCCGAGAGCGUCCCGAACGGCACGCCCAACCGCAGCGCCAAGAAGGAGGCGGAAAAGGAGGAAGCCGAAGCCGCUCCGUCCUCUGAGGGCACGUCGAGUCAAGAUAAAACUGAAUGAGAGCGCCAUCACGUGCAACAGUUUUUAAAGUUACACAGUAAAAAAUGAACGGCAAGAGUUUGGUUUAUUUCAUAAAGAGAAAGAUGUGGCUGGGAUCAUUUUCUGGUACAUUUUCACCAAUUAGACAUUUCACUAAUAUCAGAGUUCCAAAUUAAACAUUUAAUUCACUAAAUUAAAUAUUUUCUCAUCAAAUAAAUAUUUAAUUUAGAGCUAAAUUUAAUAUUUAGUUCUUAAGCUAAAUACUGAGUUCUGAACUAAAUAUUUGUUUUCCAACAAAACAUAACAUUUCCAAACUAAACAUUUAAUUUUCAAACUAAAAUAUUUAAUUUGAAGCUAAAUAUUGUACUUACAAACAAAAUAUUUAGUUCACAAAUAAAUAUUUAUUUUUCUAACUUAAUACUUUGUUUCUAACUAAAUAAAAAAUAUUUAUUUUCCAUACUAAACAUUUAAUUUGGAACUAAAUAUUUAGUUAGAACACUAAAUAGUUAAUCUGGAUGUAUAGCAAACUAAUAAUAAUAUCUAAUAUUCCAAACUAAAUAUCUAGCUAGUUAAUUAAAUAUUUAGUUUGGAGCUCUGACUUUUAUAAAUGCAUGAAUGACAAAGUGAAAAUAUGACAAUGAACAUAAUUUUUCUUCCAACAGGCUAAAUAAGCCAAGUAAACUUUUCAGUGUGAAACUUUACAAACAACACCCCAUUAACAGAUCCUGCAGUUUCCUCCAAUUAAAAUAAAUUGCAAUGCACUUAAUGGAGAGCUAGACGUUGUAGUGUCGGUUAUAAAUUCAGCUUUGUUACACAGGAAUUGAUGAACAAGUUUUGGGCUGACUACCUGUAUACAGUUUCCCUGACUCACUCUGUCUGGUCCUCAUUGUCAGAUGUUAUCAGUACAAUCAUCGUGUUAUAGUCACUGUUUUUGCUGUAAAAACUGCUUUAGGCUCUAAAGGAACCAGGGCCUCCAACUUUGUCAUCAGGUGAUUUUCGCCCGGAACUAUUUAGAUGUAACACACGAACGUACUGAAGUUUGUGCGUUCAUAAAAGAAAGUAAGUGUUGUUUUAAAGUUUAUUUUACUACUAAAUACGUCUUGUGUUGUCUACGAAUCGAACCACUGACAUUAUGACUGUUCUGCAUCCUUGUUGACUAAACAAAAGCCCAUUAGCAUAAUGUUGCUAACGCUAACGCUCGUGUGUUGGCUGAUGGCAUCAUUUAUAUAUUAUAUUGGUGCAGUACUGCUGAAUAAAUAUGGCAUAUGCUGUUAAGUAUUUUUGUUUAUUGAUUCUUUGAAAGCAGUAAUUCACACAAAUAAGUUUCGUUUUAUAUUUGGGGCCUGCCAUGCAAAGCGAUGGCACAAACCUAUUAUUAUGCACCUAUUGCCGUUAAUGUGGCUCGAACCGCUGCGUGGUUGUUUCAGUUUAUAUAUAUCUGAACUAAGACCAGAAGUUCAGUUUUAAGUUUGAUUCCCUUUUGGAGAUUUUCUGUGUGAUUCUAAAUUGUCCACAAGUGACUGAGAGUCUGGAU